AUGUCGCAAACUCUCAUUAUCUGGUUUCGGGCCGUUCAGGGCCUCAUGGCUGCUGCUAGCAUUGCUCUGGCAGCAUAUGUGGUAAAUUGGCAUCUUAGGGGCUCCCAUCUUUCAACGCCGCCCUCCAUCAACUUUCUCCUCUUCUGCCCAAUCUUCACAGUCUCUUCCAUCCUAUACCUCGAAUUCACGCCGCGUUUCGCCCCGAAAGCCGUUCACCCAAUGGUAUCCCUGAUCAUCGAGGCCAUCAACUGCAUCUUCUACUUUGCGGGUUUCAUUGCCGUGGCUGUCUGCCUGGGUGAUCUAGCCUUCUGUGACGGCUCCGUCUGCAUGGCAGGCCGUGGCACUGCAGUUCUUGCAGCGGCACAGUUCAGCUUGUGGAUGGGCUCUGCCAUUAUUGCGGCAAAGGCCAUUUUCAAGGAUGGGAGGCAGAUGAAGCUGCUCAGCAGGAGCCGAAGCGCCCGAGAUUUGGAGAUUUGA